AUCAAAAGAGUACAGAAAGAAGAAAAAUAACCCCCUUUCCUUUCUUGCACUUGGAUGCUAUUGCUAUCUGGUUGUUGUUCAUCAUCAUUAUUGAUGAUAAUGGUAACCUCAUAGAUCAUAAUUACGAUGAUCAGUAUUUGAAAUCAAACCAAACUGCAUCAUCAGGAGGCGAUCAUCAUCCUCGUACCAUCAUGUCGUUUUCGUUCUUUAAGGUUUCCAGGCCUAAAACGCCGCAGGAAGUGGUCAAGUCUAUCAAAGAGAGUCUCGUCGCACUCGAUACCAAAACCGUUGUUGAAGUUAAAGCCCUUGAGAAGGCUUUAGAGGAAGUUGAAAAGAAUUUUGUUACAAUGAGAACUAUGCUUUCUGGAGAUGGGGAAUCAGAACCGAAUUUGGACCAGGUUUCACAGCUUGUGGAGGAAAUCAGAAGAUGGUCUGGCAAGACAUCAGAAGAUGGUCAAGGCAGAAUCAGAACAUGGGUCUAUGGAAGCAUCAGAAGAACUUGAGAUCAGAAGCAGAAGCACUGAAGUUCUCAUGGUAUCACGCUCAGAAGCACUUCAAGGUCAGAAGACAAGAAGAUGCUAUGCACCAAGUUGUUUGACUCUGAUGAUAUUCAAACGUUGUAUACACAAACAUCAGAUCAGAAGAAAGUACAGGUGGCAGGCUACGCUGACUGACAAAAGGAACGUUGGAAGCUAUUAAAGGCAACGUUAGUAGACACAGCGUGAACAAGGCUCGAGGUAGUUGACAAAAGCGUGAAACAUUAAAUGCAAUGCUGUACGGAAUACGCAAAGCAUUAAAUGCUCCCAACGGUCAUCUUCUCAAUUGCCUAUAAAUAUGAAGUUCUGAUGAGAAGCAAGGUUAACGAUUUUGAAAGAACUUAUUCUGAAAAACUUGCUGAAACGCUGUUCAACUCAAAGCUCAGAAACUUCAUCUUCAUCAAAGCUCACUACAUUGCUGUUGUAAUAUAUUAGUGAGAUUAAGCUUAAACGUUAAGA